AUGGCACAAUCCGCUGUAGAUGGAAAUUGUGAAGAACUUACAAAACACAUUAAGUGUGAAUUCUGCGAUAUCAAGAAAGUGGUUAAAUGGAAAUGCUUAGACUUUGGGCUCAUCAUAUGUGAUGACUGUAAAGAAAAAAUCCACAGGAAAAUAAAAAGAGGAAAAGACCAUAAAAUAGUAAACAUACAUGAGAAGGAACAUCUGCAAUUUACAGAAUCUGAUUUCUUAAAUAUACAGUGUAAGGAGCAUUCAGAACAGUUAUACUGUCUUUUCUGCAAGACAUGUGGCAAUCUUGUUUGUCCAAGGUGCAUAGUGAAAUGUCACAAGGGACACGAACUAAUUGAAAUAAAUGAGAUGUAUAAUACUGAAAUUAACAGAUUGAAAAAUGGACAAAGUAUACGGCAAAAUGAUAUAACUAAAGCUGUAUCUCAAAUGCACACAGAAAAGAAAAAACAAAUUUCAGAAAACUCAAUUUACUGCAAAGUGCAUAAGGAUAUAAAUACUCAAGAGAAAUCUUUGAUAAAUACAGUAAAAGAAUAUGCUAAACAAUGUAGAAAUAAACUGGACAAGAGCCACGCAGAAACUUCGAGAAAUAUUGAAGGAAAUAUUAAUACUAUAUCAAGAAAUAUGAAACAAUUCGAAGCAAAUUAUAAGGAACUGGAAAACUGCAUAAAUACUUCUGAUGUUGCUGAAUUCUUUCAAAAUGCUGGUGAAACUUCCACAAAAAUGCAAGAAGAUACAUGUAUAGAAAAAAUAAAACCUACUUUCGACGUUUUGACAAACUUUAUUCCAGGAGAGAUGUCUGUUUUACAUUUUGGUGAAUUGAAAAGUAAUGUAAACUGGUUUGAAUACCCAACUGUUGAUUUAAAGAUCAAGAAUGAAUAUCAGACUGAACUUUGCAGAGUGGGUUAUCUAUUUUCAUGUAGUGAUUCACUUUGGAUAGCUGAUAACAAAUAUAAAAUUCUGCAAAAAGUAAUACCAGAAGGUAAUAAAUUGAAAGCAUUAUUUCAAUGUCACUUUCCAAUACAUGGCAUUGCAGUCAUUGCAUCAAAUAAUCUUCUCCUAGCUACCGGAAAAUCAACAUUACAACAAAUUUGCUGCAUUACUGGAAAACUGACUGACUCUAUAUAUCAAGUACAAGGAUUUGUCCCUUUUUCAAUCCAUGUUACCAGUAAGGAUAAAGUUAUAAUUGGAGGCAAAAGUAAAAAAACUGGAAGAAAAUCUGUAAUCGUAAUGAAUGUCAAGGGGCACCAAGAGACGGUUUAUGAACUAGAUCAAGAACAACAACCUUUGUUUUCUUAUCCAAGGAAAAUUACUGACACACGAAAUGGAAACAUACAUGUAAUAGAUUUUAAUCCAAGUGGAUUUAGAGGCAGUGUUGUGACUCUUGGAUCAGAAGGUAAUAUUAUAGAAAGAUACAAAGAAGAUCCUAAAAUCAAUGCAAAGUUGGGAUUAAAACCGGUUGCCUUAGUGACAACACCAAAAGACAAUAUCGUUCUGGCUGAUGUGGAUACACAUACAAUUCAUCUCUUAAGUAAUUAUGGGCAUUUACUGACAUAUUUUCAUACUAAUGAAAUUGGAAUACUUUAUCCAUAUUCUCUUGAUUUCACCUCAUCUGGAGAACUCAACAUAGGAUGUGGCAGACCUCCGGGUAGUGACACUAAAAAAGCCAUGAUCUAUAAAAUGACCAUUUCAGAAUGUUAA